AUGCGCCAUCGUCUCCAACUCCACAAUCCCCAGAACACGCUUCGGGCAUCGCCAGCCCCCCCUGUCGCCCACAUUCAGACUCAGGGUUACACUGACAACGGUCGUCUUGUUGCACCGCUGCCAGGGCUCGACGAAAACUCGCAGCUGCAGCUGCCGCCAGCGACAAGCCGACCCGCGACUGCCACGGGUUCAGUCCCGGCAGCGGCGCAAAGUCUUGGUACUAGUACCUCGUCGUCAUUAACUGCUGCACCUUCGGCAGAUGAGACAGGGUUGCUGAACCGCCUUAUGCGACGACGAUUGGCUUCCAAGGACAAGGACGCUCAAAAUAAGAAGACGUCGAUCUCCGCCAGCAGCGAUAACACAAGUUCGUCCCCGGGAUUCGACCAGCAGAGGACCACGGAGCAGCGCGAGACGCAGACACGGCCUCUGCUCAUGAACCCGCUCAUGUUGAACCCGUCGCACCCAACACCUGCCGAAAUCACACUACCACAGCAAGCACUUACGAAUGCGACCCAGACUGCAGGCGCGGUCAAUCCACACAAGUCCAAGUCGCCUCCCCAACAGCAGUCAAUCAUGCAGACCUCGAGUUCUGAUGCGCCGACGCAGCUCAAGUCGCGAUCCAAACCCAGUUUCGGAAAGAGAUUCUGGUCGAGAUCCGGCGCCAAUGAUUUUGGAGAGGACAACGUGACCAACAGCGAGACACCGGCAACAGCAUCGGCGCCGCGGACGGCCUACGUUCCUAAACACGCCGCGGCUGACUUUUCGCGUACGACUUACACAAAUACGUCGCGCCACAAUCGCCAUAGCUUUUCAUUUGGUAGCGACCCGGACAACGGCGCUCAAGCACUGGCCACAAUAACGGCCGCCGCCUCCAGGGUGAAUGAGCCGGAGCAGCCUCUCCAGAGGCAACGGACGCCAUCCGCAGAGACUGCCGAGAAGCGCAGGUCACGGGACAUGUCGCUGUCCAAGUAUGAGGCGCCGCCUCCCCAAGAACUGCACCGGCGUCUCGAGAUUGUUAGGAGCAGUGAAAUUGAAGUGGUAACCACUAGGGAACCGGUCGCGGUCGACCCUUGGCAGCAGCAGCACAACGUGUUGCAAAAUGCUUCAAAUACGUCGUUGGCGAACGGCAAGGCUCCCGCGAGACCUCACUCUCGUCCAUUGUCAUCCAAACGACACAGCUUCAAUCUUGUAUCCGACCCUUACGCCAGAGACCUCACGCCACCAAAGUCAAUUUCUCCAGUCGAGAUGGAAGCGCCGUUUGACCCGCCAAGCCAGCCAGAGCAGCAGCAGGCGCCGCCAUCAGCACCGCCACGGCCCACCUCGUCUCACACUCGUCCGCAAUCACGACAAGAGACUCCAUCGCAAGAGACCGGUAGCCGCGAACUUACGGACUAUGAACGUUUCGUGGCAGAGGCAGAGGUUGCCGAACGCGAAUAUCACGCCCAAAUGUGGCGAAACCUCGCCCGCCGUUCCGGACAUUACGGGUACAGCGACAACCCUUGGAGUGCGACUCGACAAGCCGAUGCUCCUGCUCCUGCUGCGCAACGCAACAACAAGAGGAGCAGCGCGCAGUACUCGACGGGGGCUGGCAAGCGUGCAAGCAUGAUGUCGUUUGCCGCGGCUGACGACGAGCGCAACUUGAUCUCGUCAAGCUUUUAUGGCGAGGCGCCACGCAAGCCGAGUCUCUCACACAGCGCUAGUGUUGGAGCAGACGGGAAAAGGGGACUUCGACACCAGGGGAGCGUGUCGAAGAGAAUCUCGGACUACAUUAAGCCACCAAAGCCAUCUCAGCAAGCCACUUACGAGGAUUGGCCUUCUGGACGAGCCAACAGACGAAGUGUCAUUGCUGGAAUUUCUGAAUAG